AUGUUCUUCAAGGCCUCUCUCCUCGCCCUCGCGGCGUCUCAAAUCUUUGGCGCCGUCGCCCAGGACGCCCCUGAUGCCAAUGCCGCUCCCAAGGCUCCCCUCAAGGCCGAGAUCAAGACUACUUUCCCUGAAACCGACAUCCUCGGCGUCAAGCUCGUCAAUGGUCGCCCUACCAAGGCUGUCAUUGAGGUCACCAACCAGGAUGCCAACCCCAUCCAGGUCUCCUUUGUCUCUGGCUCCCUGAACACCCUCAAGGAUCUCCCCGAGGACAGCCCCCGCUAUGCCAGCAUCGUCCGCAACUUGACGGCCGUUCAGUACAACAUCGAGGUCCCCGCCGGCGAGAAGAAGGAGCUUCCCUUCUCUUUUGCUCAGGACAUGCAGCCUCAGGAGGUUCGCAUUGAGCUCCAGGCUCUCGUUUCUGACUCUACCGGUGCCCUCCACGAGGUCUUGGUCCACAAUGGCUCUGCCUCCAUCGUUGAGGCCCCCACCAGCUUCCUCGACCCCCAGAUUAUCUUCCUCUACCUCUUCCUCUCUGCUGCCUUCGCCGGCACUCUCUACUUCGUCUACAAGACCUGGAUCGAGGCCCUCUUCCCCCAGGCCAAGCGCCCCCGCACCAACAAGAAGGCCAAGAAGACCGUCGAUGUUGCCGAGCCCCUCUCCGGCUCCGAGGCUGUCCCCGUUGUCGACGCCUCUGGCAAGGACUACGAUGAGAGCUGGAUCCCUGACCACCACAUCAACCGCCCUGUUGCCCGACGCGUCAAGUCUAGCGCUAGCGCCAAGGCCAAGCGAGUCGAAUAA